CAGGAUCCCCUUAAACAGCGUUGCUCUCCGCGCAAGAGCGGAAGACGUGAAGAGCAGCAUGACACUGAGCGCAUGUUUUGGAGUCUAAUAUCUCAUUAUUAUGUCUAGGCGGCGUCUGUAUGUAAUGUAGAGUGGCACUGAUAAGCCAAGUGUCAUAUCUCACUCCACUAACCUACAUGUUUUAUUAACCUGUGCGUUGGUGUGCUUUAUGAAUGCUUUCUAAUCUGUCGUUGGAUUCUUUGCUUUAACCAACAUGAUAUGAGAUGUUAGGCUAUGGAAGAAGUGAGGAACUGUUUGAGACAUUUCCCAGAGGAAGCCCGUGAGCUUUAUUUGAACGAGUCAGUGCCGUACCUGGAUGGGCCCGUCUCUCCACUACAGUUCUAUCGUGACUGGAUUGGUCCUAAUAAGCCCUGCAUCAUUCGCAAUGCCUUCAGUGACUGGCCAGCUUUGUCUAAGUGGAACCCUGCAUACCUCAGAGAGGCUGUUGGCUCUAAGGUCAUCAGUGUGGCUGUGACUCCAAAUGGCUACGCAGAUGCUGUGAAUGGAGACCGCUUUGUGAUGCCUGAAGAGCGCCAAAUGACCUUCUCCUCGCUGCUGGACAUUAUAGAGGGCAAGGUGAAGAGCAGCGGUGUGUUCUAUGCACAGAAACAGUGCUCCAGUCUGACUGAGGAACUGCCACAGCUAACAGAAGACGUACAGACUCACAUCCCGUGGAUGAGCGAGGCGCUCGGAAAAUUACCUGAUGCUGUAAAUUUCUGGUUAGGAGAGGAAAGUGCAGUCACAUCAAUGCACAAAGACCCCUAUGAGAACCUGUACUGUGUCAUCUCUGGAGAGAAGAAGUUUAUUCUGAUCCCUCCCACUGACCGACCUUUCAUACCAUACGAGCUCUACUGCCCAGCUACAUACAAACAGAAACAAGAUGGCAGCUUUGAAAUAGUGGAUGAAGAGGAUUCAGAGAAAGUGCCUUGGAUUCCCCUAGACCCUCUGAACCCGGACUUGGAGCGCUAUCCAUCCUACAGACUGGCCCGGCCACUGAACUGCACAGUCAAAGCAGGAGAGAUGCUUUACCUCCCCUCUCUCUGGUUCCACCACGUCCGCCAGUCUCAUGGAUGCAUAGCAGUAAAUUUCUGGUAUGAUAUGGAUUAUGAUAUCAAGUACAACUACUUCCAGCUGGUGGAAUCUCUAACUGGAGCUGUGGGUUCAGUAUGAUGCCUUCACCACAGAACCACAUCAUCCCCAAAUGAUUCAAACUUUAGAAGUAUCUUAUAGUAAUCUUUUUAGUCCCACUCAGACCAGUGCCGCAUAAACAAGGAUGUUGUGAGGGAGUGUUUCUUGAUUUCCUUUCCUGGACAAAAAGUGUUCCCUUUACUCUUAAUGAGUUUUGUAGUAUAACUUUUCAAACUUAGAUCUUUGCAGUGGAAUUCCACCAAUUUUUUAACAUUACCAACAGUUCAAAUAUAAACCAUUCAGACUGGUUUAAUGUGACAUGCGCCAUUUCAGAAUUGUUCAGUGGAGGUGAUAGAAACCAGACAUUCAAAGCGUGUAAGCCCUCUAAACUAUUUUAAUGGACAAAAUUAUUUAUUCUAAGACUAGGCUUAAUACAUAACUGGGUAAUUGGCCCAAAUAGUCAAAUAUUAAAAGGAAAUAAAAAAAAAAGCUCUGGGUUGGUUGUGUUCAUUGGCCUGUUGAUGUCAAAGUACUAUCAUGUGCAAUAAAUAACCAGAGUUGCUGUAUAAUAAAUACAGUUUUAUUCACA